UACAAAGCAUCAGCAUCGCGUCCGGAGUUUGACAUUGCACAAACUCCUACCAUCUGCGUGAUAUUCGGAUUCUCUAUCGCUUAGGUUCAGUUAUUGUUUAGCUAUCGGGUAAGUCGUGUCGUGUUCUGGUGUAUUGUGCAGCUUCAACGAAUCAUACAGCAAGUUAUUGUGCGCAUCCUACGCUUGUAUACCAUCAUCAUCAUCCAGUCAAGUAUUCCUUUCACAUUGAAUUGGAAAAAUAAUAGCAACAACAUAAAGUUACAUUAAGUCCAAAAAUUUUGUCUUGAAGUUUCCUUAUAAUUCAAAAUUGCAUUGCAAGUUCUUUGCGUUGUUUUGUAAAGUUUGUUUGUGCGAACUUUCAGUAAUUUGUUUGUGUUUCUAACUAAUAAAAUAAAUUGAUCUGAAAGCGAAGGUUAAGGGUGAAAGAUAUUUUGUGGCAAAUUAACUUCCAUUCACUUUUACAACAGAAAGUGUACCUAUUGAAGUGAAGUCAAAAUACUUAGUUAAAGUGCACGUCAAUAUGGCAUCAAACGUGCUUCUGAUUAUUUUAGUAGCAGUUACAUUUACAUUUUCAACAACAACAGGACGGAUUGUUAAGAAAAGACAAAUAUACCGUGAACAAGUUCUGCCCCAUGCUGGUGGAAAAAUUCCUGAUACAGCCUUUCAAACAGAUCGCCUGUUUUUGAAUCAUUUGCAAAAGGAAGGCAUUGCAAUACCAGAUGGCAUAGUUUUGCAACAGCGCAAUCCACAAGUCUAUCCGUUUCUAAACAAACAGUCGAGAACUGUGUACAAAGUGGCAUUGAGCUCAGAUGGAAGGUACAUACCAAAUGAAGGACGUUAUUUCUACGAUUCCCCACCAUCAGUGGAGACAACAUAUUUAGUUCCACAAAUUCAUGACUAUCCCGAACGACCAUCAUCAUCUAUAAUGCCAGCUUAUCCCGUCUACAGACAACUAAACAUACAAAAUCCACUUCUCAAUCAACCCAAACUCCAGUCGAAAUUGAAGCACAAGAAAAAAUCAUUUUUAUACUUAUCACCAUACAGCAAAACCUCUGCACUCGGCUCAGACAAACUAAAGAUCAUCAAGCCACAAACCCAAACUCUGAAAGUAUUGAACGAUCCUUUGGGAAUUUUGUCGAACAAUCAUCACUUUAACUCAAACUAUGGUCAUGCUCAUCUCUUCAACGAAUUCGACAACUUAUUUAAUGAUUUUCAGCUGGACAAUCCGAGGCCUAUUUAUAAACAAUAGUUAAGUUUUAAGUUAUGCAUAUCAAUUAACUAUUUUUUCACUUUUUGUAUUUUUAUAUGAAUGAUCAUUAUUUCAUUACAUAUUCCCUCUGUACUUUAU